AUGUCUGAGUUGGACACUACUUCAGGCGAGGGUAUUUCCGACAUUGAAAUGGGCAAUAUUCAUCGUCCUUUGAGACGACAGGAUACAGCCCGUUUCGCUUUGUCCACCCGUAGCACGUUUUCGACUCCGUUAGGCAGGUGCAACGAAGCCAAUAAGCAGAAGAUUGAAGAGGACGAUGAGGUUCAGCGUGGGAAGUUCCGACUUGAAGAUUUGAACAUCGACGUGACUCAAAUCAUCAGCUCACUGCGUUCCGACCUCCACUUUCCUGUCAAGGAAGGUUACGCAAUGGAAGAUCUACCGAAGUUCGACGAUCUGACUCGAUAUGGUAUCACUGAAGAUAAAGAGCGUGAUCUUUGGGAGUUCGAAGUCCAUCGGCUGAAGGAUGCUGCCAGUUCUGUUGAACCGCCGUUCCUGGAAGGAGACCCAGUCUGGUUCGGCCAAGCGGAUACCUCGGGUUAUAAUUGUUUACACAGACUCGCAAUGCAAGUUUCCUAUGCCAUCGAUAUCUGUAUCCACGAUAACGAGCUUGUUAUGCUUGAGCACGAGCCACGCCUUGCGAAUGAUACAAGUUAUGAUAUUGCACACAGAAGGAUUUGCAAAAUCUUUGAUCAGGAUCAAGGGUCCAUUCGAUACAAACGGCGUAUCAAAAUUGACAGUCAUAACGACGAAGCACUCCACGAUCUCCUCAACUACAUUACCGCGGUCUUGGCGCGACUAUUAAUGAGGAGCAUGAAUGGAAAGCUUUGGGUUGACAACUGCAUUACUGUUCUCGCCAAAUUUGCGGCAAAAUGCAAGAUUGUUGGUGUAGAUCUGCCUACGGCUUUCGAGAAGACUCUUCAGGCGCAUAAGGACUGCCAAUAUCGAAUCGCGCACGAAUCAGAUGUCAGAGGGGCCCAGAAUGCUGUAGAGGCCAUCGUAUCCAAAUCCGAUGAUGAUCGUCUUGCGAAACAACAAAAGGCUUUGCAAGAGGAUAUUGAUACAUCCGGGGCCAGAUACUUUCUUGAGAUGGACACUUUUCGCCAUUUCAUCAGCAUGUUGAUAGAGUCUGCCAACGUGGACCUCAAGUGGAACGAGGAGAGUGAACAGAAAGCAGAUAUAUUCGAGACGAGUACUGUUAUUUAUCACACCGGUUUCGAUGGAAAACGGACUCAGCUGUGUCAGGAGCGUGACGGGAAUAUCGGCGCUGCAUCUGACCAGAGAGUUAUAGACUUUGCCGGUGUUGCAUUCCACAUAGGACUCGAGAUCUGGGAGUACUUGAGACAAUUUGAUGAUAGAGAGGCACCCAGCUAUACCACAGUAACAUGGAGUCGGAAAUCCUUUUCUGAAUCGGAGUCAACAUCUCGCAACACCAUCAAACCCCAUGAUACCCAAGUACAGCUGGGUAACAUGAAAGAAAUAAUCGGGGCUAUGGUUCCCUAUAUGAUGUACUGCGGUUCAUUCGCUAGCGCUCUGUCAACCUUCGCAAACGUGGUGAUGACGAUCUCUGACCCCUCAACUCCAGUUCGAUACUAUCGUCAAGAGCCUUAUCUGACAACGGCAAGAAUCAAUACCUCAGAGUACAAAAGACUUCGGCCGCCUAAGGUUACUGGUCUUGCGAGGAAUGUUUUUGAGACCGACAUGGCCAAGAAAGCUCGUUGUGGAGAGCUGAACAACCAGUUACAGAAAAAGAAAUUUGAGGUGGGACAGCACUGGACUAUAGAUGAGAAGGCAGUCAUCAUACAGCAUGGCUGGUAUUCGUACAUAACUCUCGGGGUAUGUGCUUUCAUGAUUGCAGGUGGAGUGGCCGCCAUUGCUAUAGGAGAAAAGGCAAAUGGGGUAGACCCAUCAAAUUUGACGGCUCUUGCAUGGGCUGCAGCUGGUUUCGCCAUGGUGUUUUUCAAGUCGUUAAGAGUUCAAGAUUGGCCCUGGCGUGACUUCUUGCGAGGUCGAGUUGUUUGUCGGUCCGUCUCCGAGGUUGUGUCUGUCACUCGCAUGCAUCACCAAGACCUGAUAGCCAUCCUGCUGCGAAUGGAGAGCCGCAAUGUGCUCCACACACGGGGGCCGUUCAACACCCUGUUUUCGAGGAAGGCUGAUGAUGGCUUCUCGAUUGACGUACCACUUCUAACCAACACUGUCAUCGAUGGCGGCUAUAUAUUCAUCCGGGUUGAUAGCAAUGCUGGCCCAGCCUUAGUCGCGUUGAGAACCAGCAAUGCUGGAAUCUAUCAUUCGAUCUCACAGAAAGAUGGCUUGGAAGACGGGGAAGGAUUUGUUUGUCGAGACCUCAUAGAUGCGACUGGUCUGGAAGUCCGUGGGCAUGAUAAGCCACUGCCGUUCUAUGCUAUCUCCACAAACGAUUUACGCUGGAACAGGCUACUAGCCUUACGAUACUUAAUCGCUUCCGAUACGACGGUCACUACCUUGGCUACCACUGCAACAACUGCCCUUGUGGAGACAACUUCUACUGCCGUCGCAGAGAGCACCACGACGACAGAAGAGCCCGCCUGUGUCGAAACCCAAGUCGUCGUCAACCCCGGCUUCGACGACAGUGCCAGCAGUAAAUCACCUUGGUCCGGCGACGGCUCAAUCAUCACCGACGGCGCCAAUUCCGCUCCCAAUGCCAUCUCUUUCGUCUUUUCCAAUGGUGGAGGCGACGCACAGAUCUCCCAGACUCUGACCAAACUCGACGGCACCUACCGACUCUCGUACAACUGGGGCGUCUUCUCCGGCGUCGGCGUCGGCGCUGGCUUUUCGUGUAGCAUCACUCCCAAGGUUGGAGGCGAUGUCCUGCUUGGUGUUUAUCCCGGCGACUACACCGGUUGGAUUCCUGAGAGUCAGACCUGGUCAAGCGCCGGUAACGCCGUGGCUCAAGCCGACUUGUCGCUUGUGUUGGCAUGCUCUGGAGAGUAUGAUCAGCUUACGAUCAAUGUUGAUGACAUCACUUUCACGAAGCUUUGCGGUCCUCAGGCUAGUUAA